AUGAACCGCUGUCGCGUGCGCAUGCACAGCGCUAUAUCGUGGUCUGCUCCUAGUGGACAAAGCUCGCCCUGUCGGAAGCGUAUUGGCGACGCUCCACACUUUGAACUUCUCGACCGAAGGUCACCUAGAUUGUCUACUGUCGGGCUACGCGUACAGGAAUACGCGGAAGCAAGACGCAGUUCCGAGACCCCGGUGACGGGGCCCCCAUAA